AUGGAUCUCAUUCUCCCCUCCAUCGCAUCUCAGGUAUUCAUCCCUCGGAAUCGACAGGACCAGCAUAAUAUCCCCAUACCCGACUCAGACAUCCCUUCGACCUCCAUACCAGCUCUUGCUUCGACCCAUCAGAGAGCAGAAACCAAGAGCCCACCCGCCAACGGAGCAGCCCCUUCAUCUGCUCCACCUCUCAUAGUCAAUCUGCAAGAGGCAAGCUCACCGCCUCGGCUGCAUACCUCGAUCGAUAACAAGAAGGAAAAGAUCCAAGCGCGUCCUAUCACUCCCAUGGAUUUUUUUGGUUCUGCGAAGGGUAACUCAACAGCGAAAGAUGGGAAAGUGAGCUCGAAGGGAUCGAGAAAAUCCGUCGAUCAAAGACCACCUGUGGACCCAGCAAUCAAGGGUAUACCACAAGGAUGGGAAGAUGAUCUUGCCCUUCAAGUAGCUAAAAGCGGAGAAGGCAUUGUCACACCUACGCAAAAUCCCACAAACACUUUACACAAACUCGGUGCUUUCAAGGAAACGAGAACAAAACUAUCGUCUUUCAGUGAUACAAUGAGAUCUGGUUUUAGAGAUAAAGGAGCCGAGAAAGAUAAAGAGGAGAGAAGACCAAGUGGACUCAAGCUUCACAAGGGGAGUAUCAGAGCAACUCAGAGAUCUUCCUCGAUGAUCACCACACCGUUGAAUCUCGGCAUGCAGUCAAAGCAUCGACCCACCUCGCCCGGAAGAGUAAACCAUCAACUCACUCACUCGGUCUAUAGCGAUUCCUCAUUCAACACUCAGAACACUGCAUCCACCGAGAUGUCUUUCCCUCUGAUUCCUCCCUCAUCUCAGAAUGUUUCUACCGAAGGGUCUACAGCCGACUUCACUCACCUGUUUACCCCUACAUCUCAAGCUGAACAUGAAUAUCCAGCAUCCAUCACCUCUUCUCAUUCUACCCAGUCUCGCGAUAGAGUCAUGGGAAUUGUCAAUGAUCCUUCUCCCGUUCCUCCGGCUGGUAUGAAGACGUUCUCCCGCCCUGCUAUCGAGGAAGUCCUGCCCUUUGCGGCAGGUCGUCCGUUCGCCGCGUGGUCUGCACCUGUCGCGGAAGAAGAUCAACAUCCACCCGUAGAGACUCAUAGUACCGAUGUUGGGAGGAGAGGCAGCAUGUCGUUGAGUAGACUGGAUAUGUUAUUGUCGAAGGAUACAGCUCAUACAGAGAGCUCCAUCUCGUUGGAGGGGUGGAAGGAAACGCCUAGACCAAGAUCGGGUCUACCUGGGAAGAAGGUAUGGGUUGAUGUGAAGGGCGAGAGGAGCACUGGAGUCUACAGCGUAGGAUGGGAGAGAGAUGUUCUUGACCUCGAGGCAAGAUUGCACGAAACCAUGUACGAGAUUGCGGGAGAGAGGCACACAUUUGUGGAGUUCAAAGAGCCACCCAAGGCGGUUCUUGAUAUCGGUACCGGAGCUGGACACUGGCCCAUCUCAAUGGCUCUGCAAUACCCAGAUACAAACUUUGUUGGGCUUGACCUAGUCCCUUGUCAGAUCGACUUGUCACUUCUUGCGGAGACUGAGAAACGAGCACGAUCGACAAAAACCGGUACAUCAGCUGAAGGGACGGGUAUGUGGGAGAGUGUCGAAAAAAGGGUGAAAUGGCAGAGGGGUAAUUUCUUUAACGAACUUCCCUUUGACACCGGCGUGUUUGACCUCGUUCACCUCCGAUUUGUCAAUUUAGGCAUACCCGAAACCAAAUGGUACGACCUUCUGGAAGAGGCUACCCGGGUAUUGAAGCGAGGGGGUAAGAUUGAAAUCGUCGAGACAAGCUAUACUCUUCCAUCCAGAUGUCCAGCAUCUCUGAAGAAUUCGUUCGCAUCUAUGCUGUUGGCAGACAUGAUCCAACCUUUACCGUCCCUAGCGAUGCAAUUCAAUCUACCUUCUGUGGAGAACAUCAAGUCCAAUGCCGUCAAGCCGGUAUUCCAUCAGAAGUGGACAAAGAAGGUACCAGGCGCUCUGGAAGAUGCCGUUUUGGAUUGGGUCAAGUCUGCUGUCGAAUACAAAGGUACAGGAUUGAUCAAGAAUCAGAACGGGCUGGAGGGUGUUGUCGGAAGAGUCAAAGGGGAACUGCGUGACAACGGAGGUGGUAGAUGGGAUUUCGGCGAUACAAGACAGGGUAGGGAUGUAGAGACGGUCGAGGAUAGGGAAGUGAUUGUAUGGGCCUGGGUAGCUACGAAGAAGUGA